AUGGCCUCAUAUGGCCUCACGAAUCAAGUUCUUGUAUUAUACCUUCGAUCAAUUAAGAUCUCGCCCUCCAAAAUUGGUGUUUUCAUGACGUUAACACUAAUAGGUGAUACGCUUAUAUCUUACUGUUUGACAUGGUAUGCUGAUCAAAUAGGUCGUCGAAGAGUUAUGCUUAUUGGCUCGUUUAUGAUGCUUGUGUCGGGAAUAGUUUUUGCCAAAUCUACAGAUUUCACCAUUUUGCUUCUUGCAGCUAUCAUUGGCGUCAUUUCUCCCUCAGGUGAUGAAACGGGUCCUUUCAAAACUGUGGAAGAGGCAUCAAUCGCUCAUUUAACUCCACAUGUGCACCGGCCCGAAGUGUUUGCAUUCCAUGGUGUUUUUGCAACCGCAGGUGCCGCAUUAGGCUCAUUAAUAGCGGGAUUUAUGGUGGAUUAUUUACAUGAUAUACGAGGCUGGGAUCUUACAAAUUGUUAUCAAUCGGUAUUUCUUGUGUACCUGGGUUUCGCUAUUGUCAAGUUUGCAAUCAUGAUGGGGCUUUCGGAAAAAUGUGAAGUUUACGUGAGUAGUUUUGCGGAGAACGAGGAAGAAGAACAGGAAGAAGAACAGGAAGAGACAAUUGAAUCUGGAACUGAAGAGACUCCAUUGAUAGAAGAAGAGGCAACAGAACCAGUGGAAGCAGAGGAAAUCUCUCUGAGGGCUUCUGUUUCUUCUAGAGCUUUUGGAUUUUCAAAAACCACUCGCAAGCAUUUGCCCAAGCUCAUGUCUAUUUUCAUGCUUGACUCUUUAGGUUACGGGUUUAUGCCGUCAGCAUGGGUGAUUUACUACUUGAAGCUUACAUUUGAAUUGACAGCAAGUGCAUUGGGUACUCUUUUCUUCAUUACAAAUUCAGUCGAUGCUUUUUCCUCCUUACCAUCUGCAUACUUGUCAAAAUCGUUGGGGCCAGUAAAGGCAAUAUUGUUUACGCAAGUACCAUCUUCGAUAUUCUUUGGCAUUAUAGCAAUGUGUCAGACAUUCGCCCCAGUUGCAGUACUUUUGGUGCUAUACUAUACAACGACCACGAUGGAUGUUGUGCCGCGACAAGUAUUUUUAACAUCAAUUGUUCCAAGAAAUGAGCUUGUCAAAGUUUUGGGUACAGUCAACAUUGGAAAGACGUUUGCACGAUGCAUUGGGCCCAAUCUUACCGGACUUUUAGCUGAGCAUAAUAUGUUGCAUUAUGGAUUUGUAAUCAAUGCCGCAUGUGUCCUUCUUGCUGAUUUUAUUUUAGCUACAAACUUUGUACACAUGGACAAUUCUAUUUUAAAGAAACAGGGUGUACAAUAA